CCUCCCUUGGAAACUUUAGCGAGAAACUUGGUUCCAAAAUAAAAGGUUUUACAGACUAGGGAAGGGGCGAAUUUCUAAAGCUUUGCAACCAUGGGUACCUUUGACAAGCAGAUGUCAGAGCCAUCCAAUCAAAAGUCACUGGAUGUUUACAUGCAUGGAAUCGACAGACUUACUGAACCGCAGGCAGAUCAGGAGUAUAGCAUUCAAGACAUCACACGGCGUCACUGGAAGCUGUGGGAUGGCAAGACAGUCUGCAGCAACAGAAGCUGCCGCAAGCCCUUCUCACUACUGGAUAGAGUCCAUCACUGCAGGAGGUGUGGAAAUAUUUUUUGCAGCAGCUGUGUAAAGUUCCGUCGUAAAUUAAAUAAACUUGCCAACCCUGACCCAGAUGGUCGAUCUUAUAAGGUUUGUCAGUCCUGCUAUGCUGAGGGCCAGGAGACCGAGGGAAGGAUGGUCUGUCUUACAGCCGAGUUCCGGGCACUCAGAAUGUAUAAGUAUAAGAAUUCAUCAGCAUUGAGAGGUCAUUUAUCCUCGUCACGGAGAGACAAAUUCGAUUUUGAAAAGGAGUGCAGACGGCUUAUUGAAGGGUUCAAGGGGUCAAUGGGGUCAUCAGAGGUCAAGAGGACGUUGCAUGAGCUGAGGAACAUGGUGUCGAUUCCAGAGUGGCAGAAGGCUAGCAUGUGGAUACAAGAGAACCUGAGUGAUUGCUGUCACAUGUGUCGCAGCACAUUCGGAUUUCUGCGUAAGAAGCUGUUUUGUCGUGUGUGCGGGUUGGUGCUGUGUAAGGGAUGCUCGGCCAAGGACCUGUUGGUCUACUUCCCCGACGUGGAGCCUGGCGAACAAAGACCCGCUGACCCCAGACUUGCCAUCAUCAAAAUCAUUGGGUGUCCGGAGGUGGAGCCCGAGGUGAGUCUAUACCUACGAGCCUGUCCGACAUGUCGAGCAGAUCAUAGAACGUUGACCAGCAUCAAUGCCAACUUCCACAAAACUGAGAUGAAGGUCAAGACGCAUCUUCCAGAGUACCAGGAAAUUGUGGACUCCUUGGAAGAUAACAGUCGCGGAUCAUCUGGGUCAGGAUCUGGGCUUCCCAAGAGUAACAUGAAGACACUGGCCAAAGCACAGGGAGACCUUGCUGACUUCCUGGCCAAGCAUGUCCUUAUUGUCCAGCAACUCAAGAGACUUAAACCUCAGACUGAAACCCAGAGCAAACUACUUAAAAACUACAUCAAGGUAAAAUGGAAGCUGUUUUCAUGGAAACU